AUGAACGCUACGUUUGAGAAGCGCCUCAACACAAAACCUGUAAAGUCAAGGCUGGGCAGAAACCUUCCGGUCCGACGAGUCGGGCAAGCUGAUUUGAGACAAAAACUGACUAAAGGCUCCAGACCAGGAGAUGCUCGAUCCGUUUUGCGUAAAAGAGUUCAAACCACGGUUAGACCCAAGCGCAUCAUUCGUGAUGCUCGAAGGCUUUUGCAACGAAGGCUUAGACCCAUUGUCAGAGCGCCUCAGCGUCGGCUUCCCCUGGUUAUACCGACGAAGACGGUCAGGAAUGAGUUGUUUUCUCGAGGUCGCGCCUCUAGAAUAGCUGGGACUGGGAGGCGGCCACUUCGUCGAUACGCUCCGUCCCACAUACCGGACUUGCUCAGUUUGCCAACCAUUGCUCCAGCUUCGUUUCUUCAGACCUCGGCCGCUGCCGGUCGCUUGUUCACCACCAUUUCCAACCCGAUGGAAGCGCUAGCCUCGAUACCUGUGACUGGCACAAAAGUCAGUCCCAUCCAAGGGUUCCGGGUGGAGAUUCGAAAUUUGCAGCCCUCAGUGACGCUGGACGACGUGUUUGAGCUGUUCAGUAGCAUUGGGACGCUUCGCCUUUGCAACCUGAUUCGCCCUGGGCACGCUGAAGUUGUGUUCAACGAAGCAUCUGACGCCAGAGAGGCUGUACGACGUUAUAAUAACCGUGAACUGGACGGACGACCGAUGAACGUGGCACUGAUCACGCAGGUUCCAGAUAGUCCAGCUGGUGGGUCACCCAGCAGUCGAAUUGCAUCUCGUCUAGGUCCCAGUCAUGGAGGCUUCAACACACGCGCUUCUGGUCAAUGGCAACAACGGAAUGCUGGUGGCGCUCAGUCCGGUCCAAGGAUGGAGGUCGAUAUGGAUGUGGUAAGGAAGGCGUUGUUCCACGUCAACGCAGGUGCUUCGGGUCCUCGGGGCCCGGUUGACUUCAACGUCAGUCUUCGUUAGUUGAUUUAAUCCAUUCGCAUGCCCCGCCCAUUACCGAAACAUUAUCAUAUCCACUUGACCCCUUCGCUCUCAACCAUGUUCGCACCUGCCUGCCGAAUUCUUCCACCGCUAGUACCCCCGAUACCAUUACAAAACUGAGAAAUCAGCCGUUGCUGUUGCUGUAUACCUCUUGUUGGUGAUCCGCCUUUCGCGUCUCGAAUAAUUCUCUGUUUCGUUCGGUAAAAUAUACUACUCUGUUCUACCUAUA